UUCCCACAAUUUGUCAGAAAAGUUAGGUUAGAAGUAGGGCUGCAGAACGUGUGCGGUUCUUCAGAUUGAUUUGUGCUUUCUUUAGCUAUUUGUGUAUUGUUACAUCGAAAAGAAGAAUGGCGCAAAGCAGAUUGGAGAGAAUUGGUACAGUCUAUACUAGGGUUAUCUCGUUGUUAAAGGGUAAAGGUAUGAAGAGUGAAGAUAAGCCACUAUGGGUGUCUGUGUAUGAGGCUUUCCCACCAAAGUAUGAACCUAGAUUUGACAGACAACUUCCAAGAAAAAAGAUUGCUCCAAUUUUUUACAGAGAGGAUCGCAUCCGAGCAAAGUUUCACAGGGAUCAGAGCUUUAUGCCAGCAACUGAUCUAGCAACAGAAAACGUAAAAUCCAUGACACAGAGGUUUCUAGUAACGUACAAAUCAAUACGAGAGAAGGAAAAGUUAGAGGAAGACGAAGCAUAUGAGCAAGCAUUGCAACAGUACAAUUCUGAAAGAGAAGCAAGAAUGGAGUCAAGAAAAGUAGGAAAUGAAACAUCUAGACGUUUGUAAGAGAUAUUUUGUAUCGUAAGUUUUCUUGUAAAUAAAUAUAUAUAGAAUGAAAA